UAGUGUUAUUAUUAGAUGUGGCACGAUCUCAUCGCGAAGGCUAAGGAGGGAGGAUUAAAUAUGAUCGAGACAUAUGUCUUCUGGAACGCCCAUGAGCCUGUGUAUGGCCAGUUUAAUUACGAGGGUAAUUGUGACUUGAUCAAAUUUAUCAAGCUGGUGCAAUCUGCAGGGUUGUAUGUCACAGUGAGGUUUGGGCCAUUCGUCCAAGGGGAAUGGAAUCAUGGAGGGCUCCCCUACUGGCUCAGGGAGGUUCCUGACAUCACCUUCAGGACAGAUAAUGAACCCUUCAAGACACACAUGGAGAGAUUUGUAAAGAUGGCCGUGCAAAAACUGAAGGACGAGAAGUUAUUUGCCUCUCAAGGAGGUCCCAUCGUUCUUGCUCAGAUCGAGAAUGAGUACAACAACAUAGCACGAGCCUUCCCCGGCUCCGUCGACUACAUAAAGUGGGCCGCCGAGAUGGCCGUCGGCCUCCAGGUGGGCGUUCCGUGGGUGAUGUGCAAGCAGAACGAUGCUCCCGGCUCAGUGAUCAAUUCGUGCAAUGGAAGGAACUGCGGAGACACUUUUAUGGGGCCGAACAGUCCCACCAAGCCUUCUCUUUGGACGGAGAACUGGACUGCUCAGUAUAGAGUGUUUGGUGAUCCACCUUCUCAGAGAGCAGCAGAGGAUCUCGCGUACUCGGUGGCACGCUUCUUCUCGAAGAAUGGCUCACUGGUUAACUACUACAUGUAUCAUGGAGGAACUAAUUUUGGGAGGACAGGAGCAUCUUUUGUGAUGACUAGAUACUAUGAUGAAGGCCCUCUCGAUGAAUAUGGCCUGCAGAAGGAGCCUAAAUGGGGCCAUCUGAGGGACUUGCAUGCCGCACUGAAGCUAUGCAGUAAAGGGUUGCUUGGGGGAACUUACUCUUUGCAGAAGUUUAGCCCUGACCUUGAGGCUAGGUUGUAUGAGAUACCAGAGAACAAAGUUUGUGUCGCCUUCCUCACAAACACCAACACAAAGUUUGAUGGAACUUUGAAGUUUAGGGGUGUCGAUUACUUCCUCCCUCGCCACUCCAUCAGCAUCCUCCCAGAUUGCAAGACUGUGGUGUACAACAAUCAGCGGAUUAACUCUCAGCACAAUGCCAGGACAUUUGAUUUGUCAAAGGAUGCUAAUAACAACAAGAAGUGGGAGAUGUACCAAGAACCGAUACCUACUGCUAAGGGUAUCAAAUCUCAGGGGCCCUUGGAACUGUAUAACAUGACCAAGGACACCACAGAUUAUCUUUGGUACACAACAAGCUUCUUGCUAGACGAUAAGGACAUGCCUUUCCGACAUGACAUUCAUCCCGUGAUCCAAGUUUCAUGUCUUGGCCAUGUCAUACACACCUUCGUCAAUGGAGAAUACAUGGGAUCUGCUCAUGGAACAAAAAUUGAGAAGAGUUUUGUCUUCAAAAAGCAAAUCAGUUUGAGGCCCGGAGGCAACCGCAUCGCAAUCUUGGGAUUAACAGUGGGAAUGCCGGAUAGUGGACCCUACCUGGAACACAGAGUUGCUGGCCUGCAUACUGUCACCAUCCAAGGCCUCAACGCCGGCACUCUGGACUUGUCACAGAGCAUGUGGAAGCACCAGGUGGGAUUAACCGGAGAGAAAUUGGGUAUUUUCCAAGAAGAAAAAAUGAAUGGCGUCAAGUGGGUAGAAGCUACGAGUGAUAUUCCAAUCACUUGGUACAAGAAAUACUUUGAUGGUCCCUCUGGAAAUGACCCAGUCUCUUUGGACAUGAGCUCUAUGGGCAAAGGCUUGGUGUGGAUCAACGGCCAAUGCAUCGGUCGUUAUUGGGUUAACUACCUUAGCCCUCUCGGAACACCUUCUCAAUCAAUGUAUCACAUUCCCCGGGCUUUCUUAAAGCCGCAAAACAACCUCAUGGUGGUGUUGGAGGAGCAGGGCGGGAAGCCGGAGGACAUCAAGAUCACGGUAGUGAAGAGAGACAACAUUUGCACUUUGGUUUCCCAGAACUACCCCCCACCGGUGGAUUCGUGGUCGUCGUCGGGGGAGAACAGCAACAAGCCAGAGGCUCACUUGAAGUGCAGGGAGAAGAUGGUCAUCCGUUCCAUCGUCUUUGCCAGCUUUGGAAACCCCAGUGGCAUCUGCGGCAACUUCACGGUCGGUAACUGCCACUCGCCCAACGUCAAAAAUGUGGUCGAGCAGGCCUGCUUGGGGAAACCGUCGUGCGUUUUGCCUGUGUCUGCUGCCGCCUACUCGGUGGACGCCUCAUGUCCGGGGUCAACCGGCACGCUUGCAGUCCACGCUAAGUGCGCCAGAGGUGGCCAGAGGCACGGCCACGCUGCUGCCAAGGCUCAAUGAGUUGUCCUUUUAAGAUCGUUCGUAUUUG